UCCCUAUAUAAAUAUCUCAACACCGCCCAAUCUUCAUCUUCGCAUCACGUCCUUUCUUUCUCUCACUCUCAUCUCUAUCUGAACCCUAACCUCGAUCUCCCCCACCAGCGACGGCUUUUGGACCUGCACUACUUUCCAUACACGUCUUUCUUAGUCACUACCAUGGCGGAGGAAGUCGUCGUAGCUACCGGAGCUGCCAGCCCCGAGCCCUUGGAUCACAAGCGCAAGCUCGCUGAUUUAGACAAUGAACCCACUGAAGCCGCCGAGGAGAACCAUUCUGAGCCCAUUGAGGGGUCUGCUGAUCCUGAUGCCGCCGACGUUCCCAUUUCUGACGAAUCGGAGGCCAAACGCCCUCGCCUCGACGGGAAGCCCGACGGGAAUGCUAGUGAGAAUGGGCAUGAAGAAAAGAAGGAAGAAGAGCUGGAGGCUAAGGAAGAUUAUAAGCAAUCAUCUGAAGAGGAACAGCCUGCUUCAGUGGAGGUGUUACCUGAAAAAGAGGAAACGGAACAACCCACUGAGGAGUCUCAUGAAGCAGGUGAUGCUCAGGAUUCUGCUGCUGAAAUCUCUCAGGAGGACAAAACUCAAGAACUCUCAAAGGAGGAAAGUCAGCCUCCUGAAGUUGAGGCUGCACCUCCACUGCAGGAGGAGGAUGUUUCAAAUGCUGAGCAAGAUCAGCCUUCAUCUGAGUCCGAAACAACAACAUAUAAAAUGGAAGUUCCUAAUAGUAAGGUAGGCGUUCUCAUUGGGAAGGCUGGAGAUACGAUUCGAUACUUGCAAUACAAUUCUGGUGCGAAGAUUCAAAUCAUGAGGGAUGCAGAAGCGGAUCCAAAUCGUUUGACUAGACCUGUAGAAAUAAUUGGAACUUCGGAAAAUAUAAAGAAGGCAGAGGAGUUAAUUAAUGCUGUGAUUGCAGAGGCUGAUGCUGGUGGAUCUCCAUCUCUUAUAGCCAGAGGCCUCACUUCAUCGCAUUCUAUAGCAACUGCUGAACAGAUUCAGUUACAAGUUCCAAAUGAAAAGGUUGGUUUAAUUAUUGGAAGAGGUGGGGAGACUAUUAAAAGUCUGCAGACCAGAUCUGGUGCACGUAUACAGUUGAUACCCCAAAACCUUCCAGAAGGAGAUGAAUCCAAGGAAAGGACUAUUAGAGUAACUGGUGAUAAGAAACAGAUUGAAAUUGCUACAGACAUGAUAAAGGAAGUUAUGAAUCAGACUGUGAGGCCUUCACCACACUCCACUGGUUUUAACCAGCAGGCUUACCGGCCUCGGGGACCUGGUGGCCCAACUCAAUGGGGUCAUCGGGGUCCUCAUCCUUCACAUCCAGCGGCAUAUGAUUAUCCACACAGAGGACCUUAUCCAUCUCAUAAUACCCAGUAUCAGCAUCCUGGCUAUGGAAACUAUCCACAACAAAUGGGUGGUCCUCGAAGCAGCUAUGGUUCUGGUUGGGAACAAAGACCACCCCCCAGCAUGCAGGGGCCACCACCAAGUUCAGGUGGUUAUGACUACUAUGGUCAAAGAAGCCACUAUUCGGAUGCUCCACCUUCUCAUUUUCCUGGUGCCAUGCCUUCUCAUGCUCCUGGCCCUUCUCCUGCACCGACCCAUGGUCCACCACAAACUCAGUCCAGUUACAACUAUAGUCAGCAGCAAGGUCAAGGUUAUGGACACACUGCACCUUAUUCUCAGGCAGCUCCACAUCAGAGCUAUGGUCAUGGAUAUGAACAGAAGUACGACCACCAUGCUCCAGCACAGAAUCCAUAUGGUGGACACGGGAAUGCCCAACAUUAUCCACAGGCUGGUACUCAACAGGUUUAUCCUGGACAACAGUAUGAUAAUAAGCCUUCAUCAUAUGGUGUUUCGCAACAAGGACCACCUCCCCAAUCUUAUGGCGCUCCUAGGGUUGGUCAGCCUGCAGAGCCUUAUCAAGGAGGUUCUGCCCCAGCUACAUAUGGACAAAACAUGCAACCUCAACAGACGUAUCCGUACCCAUCUGGUGGUUCUACCCAGCAGUAUCCUCCCUACGGCGCUGCACCAAGCACAGAUGGUUACAAUCAGGCACCAGCUGCUUCUGCCGCUGCUGGUUACUCGCAGCAGGGUGCCCAGGCUGGUUAUGCUCAGCCUAGUGUGCAGCAACCAUCUGCUUAUGGCCAACAAGUAGCUCCUGCUGCUGCAUAUGGUCAGUAUCCGACCUCUCAGCAGGGUUAUUCGGAGCAGGCUGCUGCAAACACAGCAGCUGGAUAUGCUGCAUACCAAGCGCCUCAAGAUCCCACAGCAUAUAGUGGAGCCACGGCAGCCGCAGCAGCAGCUUAUACUGCCCCGGCCAGUGGGCAGCAAGGUUAUACUCAACAGACCGCGACCCAGCCAACCUAUGAUCAGUCAAUCCAACAAUCAGGUGGGUAUGGAACCGUGCCUUCAAGUGCUCCUGUAGGUUAUGGGAAGAGUGUGUCACCACAGCCGCAGCCCGGGUACCCGCAGUAUGAUUCUACUCAAGUUUACGGGGCGAGUCGUUAAAAAUUUUGAUAAUUAGGUUUAGGGUCUGUUGGUUGUGUAAGGAAGCAGAUGUUAGUAGGGGUAGGGGUGUUAUUAUUGAUGUUAUUGGAACUUAUUGAAUCAUUCGGUAAACAUUGUCUGUUGUAUUCUGCAUUUUGCCCCAUCGAAGUUAUUAAAAAGCCAAUUUCGGUUUAUAGUAAUAUGAAAUCGGCACCAUCUCAGUUGAUGAUUACAUUGAAA